CAAGGCUGAGGACUUGGCAACACAUUGUCGGGCAUGGAUUUCUGCAUCAGUUUGUGCGACUGCUUCGUUGCAAUGCAAACAGAUUUUGUGCCGCGAUUAUCAAUUUAAAUGGCAUGAGAUACACUGGCAAUUAAUGUAAAUAGUUUAAAUUCAAAACGUGUUAAGCUGAACCCUGUCAGAAAACCAGACAGGUAAACCUAAUAUUUAUAGCAUACUGGUGGUGUGGCAGAGCAGAAGAUCGCAGCAUUGACAUUGAAAGUGAAAGUAUGCAGUGUUGGAGUGCGUAGGCUCCUGCAGGAUCACUGUGAUCGAGCGAGUCAAGACAAAAAAGAGCUGGAAAAUGGGUGUUGUUAAUGUUAUACUGGUUCUGCUGGUUUGCAGCUAUACUGCUGUAUGUCAAGAUAUCACAAUUAACUGUACAGAUGUGACUGCACAUGUGCGAGAUGAAAUAAUUCUCACCUGCACAGUCUCUUAUCUGAACAAAGGAUGCUGCACAAAAAUUUACAAGUUUAUUAAUACAGCAGCAAGUAAUGAAGACAUCUGUAAAAAGGAGUUCAGUGAUUCCUGUAAACAAGAGAGCAGAUUUUCAUGUCCAUACACUGCAGAUAAAGCCAUGACAUCAAAAUUUAAAUUCUUUUUGCAAAGCACAUGUGGAAGAAAGACAUCAGAAUUCAGUGUGAGCACAACAGUUGCAGUUAAAGUUGACACAGAUGUCACAGGAGGUGGUUUAAAUAAACUUGAGGAUAACCUUGCAGAUGAACCUUCUGCCCAAACAGAACAAGAUAAAUCAGCACUUGCGGUCAUCAUUGCUGUCAUAAGCUCUUUCAUCAUUAUCAUCAUGGCAUUCUUUCUCAAGAAGAAGAAAAACAGACCUAGACCUCAGGUUCACUAUUCGGAUCAUUUGAGUGAAAUGGAUGAGAAAAAGUGUACCUGCAACGUCCAACCAAACUAAUAUUCAUGUUUUAACUAAAGCUCAUACAGGGUUUAGAGUAUUCCAAAACUAGGUUUUAAAAAUAUAGACCCCUUAAAAGUUUUUAAACACUGCAACGUCUCUGGGUGGGCGGGGCUUGGCUGGAGGAAAAAGAGCUGCGGACGCAAUGUUGAUGACAAGCGUAGCUAGCACGUUUUAGAAGGGAUUUGGAUGUAGAAGAAGGUUCAUAAACUUCCUGAUUCUGUACUGGAUAAAACCAACACACCAGUACAUAUGAUUAUUUUACUUGAUAUGAAGUGCGAGAGUGUGAGAGAAAAAAAGAAAGAAAUCAAAUAAUAAUUUUUAUCUUUUUUUCCAGCUCUGUAUCUUUUAAAUUUUAAUAAUUUGAUUAAGGGGUCUAUUGGGACAUUGUAGUUUUACAUACCUCACAAAAAAAACAUUACUGCUGUGCAUUUGAGACAAAACAAUGGCAGUGAUAUAUGUUAAGAUAUCUCUGUGCAAGCUGCUUCUAGUUAAGACAGCUGAAAUAUACAAUUUCUGUGAAAUUAAAGUUUUAGUAUAGAUACAAUUUAAAAAAUGAAAGGCUUGUAGUUUUCUUUGGAUAUAAAUGUGAUAAAGAGAACACUUUCUGUAAAAAUUUCAGUAUAACUGGCAGCUGUUUGUGAGUAACUUACUGUAUAUUUAUUUGUGUUUUUUUACUGGCAACAGUUUGUUCAAAGUUAAAUGAACAUUAAACCUUAACAAGUCUUUACUUUUACAUAAUAAAAUUAAAUAGCAGCCUCAAGCAAAGAAUUCUGGGAACCAAAAUCUGUAGGAAAAACAGAAAAAAGGUUAAUGAGGAUUCUAGUUCCCCGAAUGCUUCGCAUGAGGUUGUUAUUUUAUAGUUUUAUAAUAACAAAGUCUUGUUAGUUAGUGUUUAAUGUCCUUUUAACCUUGAACAAACUGUUGCUAGUAAAUAACAUUAAUUUAAAUUUACUGACAAACAGCUGCCUAACAUACAGCAAUUUUUACAGUGAACACGUUGUAGCAUUAUUCUUGGCCUGUAUAAACAUAAUACUAAGAUGCACAGACAAGGAAACUAAAACCAAGUUUGCAUAUUUCAUUAUUUGCAUUAGGUGUGUGGUGAUAGUGUGUCACUUUUUACUUUCUGUAUGCUCAGUCAAAGUUUUACUAUGUCAAAAUUUUGUUUUGAAAUUGUUGUUCAAUGUUUUUGGGCCUCAGAGCCUGCAAGUAGGAGAGAUGCCAAACUUGAUGGGAAAAGAUAAACAGACCAUUUUGCAAGAUGUAAACAACACUAGAAGUGGACAAUAGGCAAUGCUAUAAUAAUCACAUUUGCAUUUUGUUUUAAAACUCUGGCAAUGUAUGUGAUACAAAUACAAACUAGUUUUAAACUCUUUCUACAUUUUUUGUCCAAUUUGCAUGACAUUUUGUACUAUUAACAGACACAACAGAAAUCACAAAAGAAAGUUAUUUAACCUUUUAACCAUUCCUGUCAACAACGGCGUAGCACAACACCACCUACUGGUCAUGAGAAAUAAUAAAUAGAUUAUCAUUUUGCUUUAGCUUGUUAUAACACAUUAUCUAUGGGGUUUUUUUUGGAUAUCUUGUGACAAACUGAUAUUAUCCAGGGUUCUUUGAUCUGUCCAAAAGGAUUUCUGGCAUUUUUAUAUUUUAUAGCACUACGACUUCUUUAUGUCCACCAUGCUGAAUCUUAUUAAAAAUCUACUUUUAUAAACUCCUAUGCCAUUUGCCUGUUAUUUGCAUGUUGCAAUAUAGAGACAGUUAUCAAAGGAAUAUAUAUGUGAUCACAAUCAUGUUUCAUCAAACUUUAAAGAUGAAAGAUGACCUAAAUAACAACUUUAUUCAAAUAUUCAGGUUUCUUUAGAAGAACACAUUCAGAGCAUUUAUAGUUUAUUAAGAAGAAAAUAAGCAAAAAUGUCCAUGAAAUUAAAUAUUGAAUUUGAGAAAUAUUAUCAUAAACUGUAAGUUAUGUAACAUUGACUGAAUAAAUAGGAAAUGAAAUAUAAAACUGCAUCAAUGUAAUGUAAUAUUACUCAUGAUUUACUGUAAUUUCUUCAGAUUCGGGGCAGUUUCCCAGACAGGGUAUAGAUGAAUCAGAAUAAGCCUAACUGUAGUUAUUGAGUCAUUUAAAUAGUUUUAACAAGCAUACUUUACAUUUUAUGAUAUGUCCGGGCAAAAUUAAGACAGCUCAAACUUGCAUUUUAGUCUGUUACAAAUCCUGUCCAGGAACUGCCCCAUUAUGUUGGCAUUAAUGUAGUCUGAGAUGUAUUUCCUUGUGGACAAGUUGUGUCAUGUCAUGCAUUUCCUAUAAUAUAAUGAAUCAUUUUUCUUCUUUUAAAGGUUGAAAACGAUAUAUAUAUAUAGUAUGUUGACUAUAUAAAAAUCCAUCAUUAGCUGCAUUUUAUUAUUUGCAUUUGGCAUGUUUUCCUAUUAACACUGUAAAAAAAGAAAAUUAAAAUGACCGGUUGAGCUUGAAAUUCCUGUUGCUUAAAAUCCUUUAGAAAGUCACUUGAGCUUGAAGGUUUUCAUUUUAGAUGGACGAGUGCACAGAAAUCGUUUCUGACUUCAGUUUCACUUAAACCUUUAUUGUGUGUUCUGGUGUUUUAUUACCAAAAGGGAGUUCAUUUUCACUGAGGGAAUGUGAUAACAAGAGCUGGUGUAAUUGUGUUUACACAGGGUCAUGCAGGGUUCAAAGGCCAGGGAACACACGUACUGAUAAAAUGUAUUUUGAAUGUAAGUUACUUGAUGAAUACAAAUAUGUAAAUUCAGAUUCAAUUGUAAUAUAAUUUGCAUAAGCUACAAAAUAUUUAUCUUAAAAAAAAUAUGAGCAUUAAUGUAGCCCUGAGAUGUAAUAGAUUGUCCUAAAAUAAUACAGUUUAUGAAGAAUGCAGUAGAUUCAACAGAGAAAGCAAGUUAGGCUAAAAUAAGUAUGCAGUGUAUAGGCUACUAUACAACAGGUAGUGUGUUAACAGGAUUGUGUCUAACGUUAUAUCACAUACAGUAACAUUAAAGUAUAUUGACACAGUAUACAUUGAUCUGCAUUUAGUGUAUGUGGGCAGUGGUUAUCAUGGCUAGAUAAAAGAGAAGGACACACGACACAGGAUAAGGAUCAAGAACCCUCAGUCAUUUUGAAAGUGAAAGUAUUGUUAUAUGUUUAUGCACCCUGCAGAAAGAUCAUUUUGAUCAUUAACCUCCACAGAGUAAAGACAAACAGAGCUGGAUGAUGGGUGCUGUUAAUGUUUUGCAACUGAUCCUGCUAGUUUGGACUUUCACUGCUGUCUGUGAGGCUGAUGAUGAUCCUUUCAGUAUAACCUGUGAAAAUGUGACUGGAGGUGUGGGAGAAAAAUUAAAUCUUACCUGCACAGUCUCUUAUUCCAAAAAAAACGAAUGUUCCAUGAAGAUGUACAAGUUUAUUAAUACAGCAGCAGAAGUUUUUGACCCCAAAAUAUGUAAAGUGCUGUUUGAAACGGAUCUCUUUACACAAGAGAACAAAAUUUCAUGUCCUUACACUGCAAAUAAAGCCAUGACAACAAAAUUCCAGUUAUUUUUACAAACAGACUGUGGAGCAAAGAGAUCAGAAUUCAGUGUGAAAACAACAGAAGCUGUUGCAACUAAAGUUGCUGCUCAAUUAGAUGGUGGACCUUCAAAGGAAACUUCUGUCCAAACAGAUUCUUCAAGUAAAAGAGUGCAUCUCGCCGUUAUUCCUGUCAUAAUCGGUUUGAUCGUCAUCAUGGGAAUCAUUUUGAAGUUGAAGAAGAAGCCCAACUUCCCUUCUGGAUUUCAGAUGGGUCUGUUUAUCAACAACAACAGUGAACAUUCAGAUGAAACAGGGUAGCACAGCAAUCACAACAAUAUGAAACAUUCAAGUUCAUGGUGGAUUAUUUCAGAGUCUUUAAUGUUUGAUCUGGCAAUAGAUGAAAGCUUUGUGUGUACAGACCUGUUGGAUGUUUAAAAGGACCAAAGCUCUCAGUUUUAUAUUUCAAUUUCUGUGAAAUGUUUUAGUUUUUGAUCUAUUUGAUCAGAUUUUUAUGACUUAAUACCUUAUAAGCUUUCUCUGCAUAUUAAAGUACUUUACAUCAACUCUACUCUAAACAAUCUCAGGUCUGUAUAAACAUUAUUAUAAGAUGUAGCACAGAAAAGGAAACAAAAACUCACUCCUCAUACUUUGCAUUUUAUGUGUGUGUGUGUUUAACUUUUUGCAUCUUCAAGGUCGUUUUUAUAUUUGUAUAACAUAUAAAGGUUAUGGUGUUGUUGAUUCUACUUACACUAUAUAUUGAUUAUUUUGAUGUUAUAAAGUAAUUAAACUAAUAAAGAUUUAUAAUUCUCUCCAAA